AUGGAUGGUACAUAUAACAGUUUAUUAACUGUUGUUUAUGGGUUCAAUGACAGGAAGGAUAGAAUAGAGCUGUGGAAGGAUCUAAUGCAGCUUAAAACAGAUGAAAGGUGGAUUCUAAUGGGAGAUUUCAAUGCUAUCACAACUAAAGAAGAGAGAGUGGGACACAGAGUUAAAUACUAUGAGGAAGUUGAAUUUAUAGAUUGCAUACAAAGCUGCCAGUUAGAAGACAUCAAAGCUACUGGAUGUUUUUUUACUUGGACAAAUAAGCAACAAGGUCAGGACCGUAUUUUUUCAAAGAUUGAUAGAGUCAUGGCUAAUCAAAGAUGGCUAGAUGCUUAUCCGAAUGCUGAAGCUCUAUUCUUAAAGGAAGGAAUCUAUGAUCAUUCACCUGGGAUUUUGUCUUUAUUUCCCAAAUGGAAGUGCGGGAAAAAGCCAUUCAAAUACUUUAGGAUGUGGAAAUCACACCCUGAGUAUGAUGGCAGAGUUAAUGCAGUUUGGAAACAGGAAAUAAAUGGUACCAGUAUGUAUCAAAUUGUGCAAAAGUUGAAGAUUUUGAAGAAUGUAUUUCGAGAGAUUAAUCAGAAAGGUUUUUCUAAUUUGCUAGCAGUUUUGACUCAAGCUAAACAGUCUCUUGAUGAAGCUCAGAACAAUCUACAUGCGGAUCCACUUAAUGAAGAGUUGCAGCAACAAGAACUUGUUACUAGAAAUUCAUUUCUCUCAGCUCAACAGCAUUAUUCUUCUUUUCUACAGCAGAAAGCCAAGAUUAACUGGCUUAAAGAUGGUGACAGCAACACUGCAUUAUUUCACGCAAGUAUCAAGCAAAGACAUAGGUAA